CAUUCUCCUUAAGACCAGAGGGGAAGGAGCGAAAUAACGUAGGCACAAAUUCUCCCUCUCUUAUCGCCCGGGAUCAACGAGAUACCUCCAUUCUUCGCCUCCUCCGAUCUUUCUCGCGACUCCAAUUCGACCCCUCCACCCCUCCAAACCCUACCCCGAAGACUUCAGAAGGGAACCAUAAUCUUGAAUCCAAAUCUGCGUUCGAUUCUCUAUAAGAUCUCUCCAUGGAGCCUCUCCCCAAGAGACCCCGUUCCGAGUUCGAUGCCGCGGUGCUGAACCCUUGGUUCCCGGAUCGCGCAGCAAACGCAAGAUUGGGGAGGCUUUCCGGCAAGGAGCGGCGGCUGCGAGCAUGAAUGCCGGCACUUCAACACCCGGAUGCCCCUAUGGCUCUGGUGCCGGUUCCGCCAUGUUAUCGUCAAUGGCAAAUAUGUUGGGCAGCAAUCCUUCUCUUCUGCAGGGAAGCCAAAGCCUUGCAUGAAAUUUUUCAGAGUCAAAACUAGCAACUUGAAUGUUCUUGGAGCCAUUUGUCCGAUGUAGAGCAUUGCUACCGAGAAAGGAAUUUCACUGUACAUCUGGGUGCCCUUUUGGUGAAUCUUGCCACUUCCUACAUUAUGUACCUGGGGGCCUCAGCUCUUUGGGUCUAGCCCCUGUGAUCUCACUCUCUGCUGCAUUGGCUUCUGCCCUGCAGAAGAAAGCAACAUGUCCAGUAGGAGAUCCAAGUGUCAUGGUUAAUGGCUACAAAACAAAGCUCUGCAACAGGUUCAACACUGCCGAGGGCUGUAAGUUUGGUGAUAGGUGUCACUUUGCUCAUGGAGAGGGUGAAUUGCGUUCACCAAAUAAUGUCUCUCGAGGUAGCAAGCGACCUCUUCCAAAUGGGCCAACGGGUACAGCACCUGGAUUCGGCAAUGGAGGCUCCUAUAAUUUUGCUAAUCCAACUGGUUAUUCAGGUCCACCUGGAAUAAUUUCAAAUCUCACUGCCCAAGGCUAUGUGGAAGCAAAUCAACCUGGUGUUGCUGGUAAUAACCCUGGUUCUGUUGCCUAUCCGCAUGGCAAUGUACCAGUUUUUUAGUAAAAGAGAUGCUAAUGUUGUAUCCCUGGUUGCUUUUACCUUUAAAUGUCGCUUUUGAAGAAGAGCAUUUUCAGCAGAUCAAUAUAAGGCAUGGCCUGCCUUGUAAAGCUUCCAUUUUAAUGUCAUUGGUGGUUCUUCAGAGUUAUAUGAGACCUCUAUCUUUUCCUUUUCUGAGACGAGUUCUUGAACAAUAGUUUCGAAGGAAGAGUUGCUAAAUGAUCCUUUGAUAGGGCCAUUAUCAACAAAUAGCUUUGCUGGCCUAAAUUUGGAGAUUUUUGUAAUGUUAUUAUCUGUUCAAGUACAAUUUAUUUUGCAUUAAUUUAGUUAAUCUAAUUGA